UUCUGCAUCUCACAAUGGAGGAAAUCUAUGUCAGGCAUGUGGAGUUGCUGGGCUUUGAGAAACGCUUCUUCCCCAGCCAGCACUAUGUCUACAUGCUGAUGGUGAAAUGGAAUGACCUCUCUGAGAAGUUGAUCUAUAGAGGGUAUCCGGAGAUCUACACCUUUCAUAAAUCCCUGAAGGAGAUGUUCCCCAUUGAGGCAGGUGACAUCGAUAAGAAAGACAGGAUCAUCCCUGCACUACCAGCGCCAAAGUGGUUGGACAACCAAAAGAGCACAGAGACCAGGCAGAGCACUCUGGCUGAAUAUUGCAGUUCUCUCAUCAACCUGCCCCCCAAGAUCUCCCGCAGCCAGCUGGUACGCAGCCUCUUCAAGGUCCGACCAGAGGACGAGAACCCACCCGCUCAACACCCAUUAAAAAGAAAUGAGACCUUUGUGGUGUCCAAUGACAAAACGAGAGACAACACUUCUGAAAUCUCUGGCCCCAUCAUAUUGGAAAGCUACAGGGUGAUUGCUGACUACAGCCAGACCUCCAAGUAUGAGGUCACCCUGCAUAUUGGAGACUUGGUGGAGAUUGUGGAGAAAAGCCCGAAUGGUUGGUGGUUCUGCCAGUGUGAUACCAAGCGGGGCUGGGUGCCCGCCUCUUACCUAGAGCCCCUGGAUGGACCAGAGGAGUCGGAAGAAGCCGAUCCCAACUACGCAGGAGAACUCUACAUCACCACCAAAGCCUACAAGGCAGCACAAGAUGAUGAGCUGACUCUUGAGACGGGGGAAACUAUCGAGGUCAUUCACAAGCUCCUGGAUGGAUGGUGGGUGGUCAGGAAAGGAGAGGAGACGGGACACUUCCCCUCAAUGUUUCUCUACAGAACUGGAGAGAAGAAGGAGAUGGCGUCGGAAGAGCAUGUGAUGAGAAGACAGACACCCCCACCCAGACGUUCAACAAUCCGCAAUGCACAAAGUAUUCACAGCAAAGGGCGCCAGCGCAUCAGCCAGGACACGUACCGCAGGAACAGUCGCCGCUUCCUGCAGCAGAAGGGCAGCCGGCCCAAUCAGCCCAGGAAGACGUCCAAGGCCUCCACACAGUCCCCGCUGCAGGACUGGAAUAACAGAGACAACAUCCCAAAGACAGCGGGCUCUAGUCCAGGGGGUGAGCUGAAAGGGGCUCCCAUCAUCCCCCCUAGGCCCAGUCCUGAACUCAUCAUGGAGCGCUGUACAGAGAACACCCGCAAGAAAGUCAGUGUCCGCAAAUCAAGCUAAGCUUUUAACCUCUAUGGGCUAGGUGGGACGCUUGCGUCCCACCUACUCAACAGCCAGUGUAAUCCCGUGGCGCGUUAUUCAAAUACCUUAGAAAUGCAAAACCUUCCAUUUUUCAAAAAUAUGAAUAUUUUACACCAUUUUAAAGAUAAGACUCUCGUUAAUCUAACCUCACUGUCCGAUUUCAAAAAGGCUUUACAAUGAAAGCAAAACAUUAGAUUAUGUCAGCAGAGUACCCAGCCAGAAAUAAUCAGACACCCAUUUUUCAAGCUAGCAUAUGUCACAUAAACCCAAACCACAGCUAAAUGUAGCACUAACCUUUGAUGAUCUUCAUCAGAUGACAACCCUAGGACAUUAUGUUAUACAAUACAUGCAUGUUUUGUUCAAUCAAGUUCAUAUUUAUAUCAAAAACCAGCUUUUUACAUUAGCAUGUGACUAGCAUGUGACUAGCAUUCCCACCGAACACUGCCGGUGAAUUUACUAAAUUACUCACGAUAAACGUUCACAAAAAGCAUAACAAUUAUUUUAAGAAUUAUAGAUACAGAACUCCUCUAUGCACUCGAUAUGUCCGAUUUUAAAAUAGCUUUUCGGUGAAAGCACAUUUUGCAAUAUUCUCAGUAGAUAGCCCGGCAUCACAGGGCUAGCUAUUUAGACACCCAGCAAGUUUAGCACUCAUCAAAGUCAGAUUUACUAUAAGAAAAAUGUUAUUACCUUUGCUGUCUUCGUCAGAAUGCACUCCCAGGACUUCUACUUCAAUAACAAAUGUUGGUUUGGUUCAAAAUAAUCCAUCGUUAUAUCCAAACAGCGGCGUUUUGUUCGUGCGUUCAAGACACUAUCCGAAAGGGUAAAUAAGCGUGGCGAGCAUGGCGCAAUUCGUGACAAAAAAAUUCUAAAUAUUCCAUUACCGUACUUCGAAGCAUGUCAACCGCUGUUUAAAAUCAAUUUUUAUGCCAUUUUUCUCAUAAAAAAGCGAUAAUAUUCCGACCGGGAAUCUGCGUUUAGGUAAACAGACAAAAGAAAAGAAAGCAUUCGGUCGACUCGGGCACGCGCCUAAGCCCAUAGUACUCUGAGCGGCCACUUGCCAAAAGCGAUAAAGUGUUUCAGCCAGAGCCUGCCUCGAUAUCGUUCAGCUUUUUCCCGGGCUCUGAGAGCCUAUGGGAGCCGUAGGAAGUGUCACGUUAUUGCAAAGAUCCUCAGUCUUCAAUAAAAAUAGCCAAGAUGAAACACUACUUCUCAGACAGGCCACUUCCUGCAUGAAAUCUUUUCAUGUUUUGGCCUGCCAUAUGAGUUCUGUUAUACUCAGACACCAUUCAAACAGUUUUAGAAACUUUAGGGUGUUUUCUAUCCAAAGCCAAUAAUUAUAUGCAUAUUCUAGUUACUGGGCAGGAGUAGUAACCAGAUUAAAUCGGGUACGUUUUUUAUCCGGCUGUGUCAAUACUGCCCCCUAGCCCUAACAGGUUAACUGUGUGGAUCUGGACUCAUGUCAGCAAUGCAAUCAGAGAUGGGUUAUUAAUGUGUGCAUUACAAGCUAAACAGCCGAUAAAGGCAACCAUGUGUGCCAUAGAGGGCAUUUUACAUUUUGUUCUGAAUGUUACCACUUAGCACUAGCUAACUGCUUAUGGAGAAAGUAAAACAAUAGUGAAAAGUGAAUGUAUGUACAAAAGCAAAGGUGUAUUUGUUUUUCUAGGGUCAUUUUUCUUGUUACUUUUACGUAUGCAAUGUUUUUAAUGUUUUUUGAUAAAGUGUGUGGUUGUUAAAUGUGUUUGACGCAGUAUGCGGUUUUUGGAACAUAAGAAUAGUUAUUUAUUUGUUGAAUUUAACCAUUUGUAACCUACAAAAUAAAUAAUAUAUUCAGAAAA